AUGUCCCUCUACACCCUUGUGAGAGCUGCGGCCACCCAUUCCAGGCCGCCAGCGGGCACCAAUUUCAAAGCGGAAAUCGACGACUUUAUGCGUGGCGACGAACGGGUUCGACUGUUAGGGGACAUGCCCAGGAAGGGCUCUCGUGUGGUUGUGUUGGACUCGUCCUUCAACCCCCCGCAUUAUGCUCACUUAGAGCUGGCCAUGUUAGGGAUGACACACACAAAAGACAACUGCAUUCUCCUCUUGUUAUCAAUCACCAACGCAGACAAGAAGCCAGCGCCAGCAGCGUUCCAACAGAGACUGGAGAUGAUGGAGCUGUUCAAAAGAAGCAUCGAUGCAGAAGUCGUUCUUGGCCUCACAAAAGAGCCGUAUUUUGUGGACAAAUACAAGGUCAUCAAGCGACUACUGGCCAGCCACGGCCUGACUCCCCACCUGCACUUCCCCAUGGGCCUGGACACGUUAGUGAGACUGGUGGAUCAAAAAUACUACAAGGAGCCCGUUUCCGAGGCACUAAAGGGCUUCUUCCAGGACUGCCACGUGCAUGUGCUCACCCGGGACGAUAUCCACUUUAAUAUGAAGGAACUACCAGAACAAUGGCAACGCCACAUCCACAUGUCGAAACACUCGUCCAAAACCGAUGGCGUGUCUUCCUCAAACGUCAGAGCGCUGGUGAAGAGCCACAAGCGCCACCACGAAUUCGAGAGGCUAGUUCCGCCGCAAAUCCUCGCCUACAUUGUUGAGCAUGGCCUGUACAAAUAG